GCUUCCUUCAUUUGCUGUGCCACAGAGUCCAGUCGACUGUAUCGCAGUCGGGGACGAUACGAUGUCUUUUUUGGACACUCUGCGCCAGUGGGAUGAGGCCGUAACGUGUGUGGACAGACAGGAUUUGACCGAAGCGCUCCAGAUGUUCUUGGCCAUCGAACACCCCAACUCCAAAAUCUGCUUUAACAUCGGUUGUCUUCAGCUUCUAAACCAAAACCUGGAUGCUGCUGAAAAGGAAGUGACUCGGACUUGUCGUUGUCAGGCCUUUGAUUGCAGCAUAAGCAAGGACGAGCAUCUGGCCGUGGCCUUCUUUCAAAGAGGAAUCACCUUUUACAAAAAGAAGAGGUUCGAGGAGAGUCUCGGUGAUUUCCAACUUUCCCUGAAGGCCCUCAGGGGCAACCAGCUGAUCGAUUACAAAGUGCUCGGUCUCAGAUACAAAUUAUACGCAUGUGAGGUUCUGCACAACAUGGCCCUGGCUGAGGCACACUUGGGUCAGUGGGAAAGAGCCCAGAAGAACCUUGUGAAGGCUCUUGAGUACAAGACGGACGCCAAGCUCAACAUCAUGGACCGUGCUAUGCAGUCUAUCCUGAAACAGAAAGUUUUCAAAGCAGUAGAGUUUCCUUCCACUGUGCUGUUCAGACCAAACAAGCACUACGUUGCUGAGCUGGAGAAGAAGGACUACCUGGGAAAAGCCAAGGUGGUGGCCUCUGUUGUCCCUCAGGAUCAGUUCUCUGGAUUUGCCCCUUUGCAGCCACAGUCUGAAAAGGGACCUGCUGCUCCUAAGGAGCCUGAGGUGCUGAGGACUUUGGAAGGUGAACCCCACAUCGUGCGCUAUGAGUUUAUUCCCGAGACGAGCGACGAGUUGGCUGUAGUCCCGGGCAACGUUGUGUUUGUUCUGCAGAGAGGUUCUGACAACUGGGCCUCGGUGGUCUUUAACGGAAGAAAGGGACUUGUUCCUUAUAAUUACCUGGAACAUUUGGAAAUGUCCUUAGGCGCAAAGCAGACGCAGGACAUAUCAGAACCUCCAGAUCGGGAACCACCGACCAGGCCAGAAAGGAAACAAGGUGUUGUUCGUGGUGACAGCAGCAGUGCAGACUUGCAACAAAAGGAAGCCCAGCCUGCUGACAACUUGUGUAUUGUCAAAGUCUACCACGCGUUCAACUUUGCAGCGUGUCUACCAAGCGGCUCCACGUACGCAACACUGGCAGACAAGAUCAGCAAGAAACUCAACCUCUCUUCUUCGUCCAUCGUGUUGAGUUUGACUUCAGAUGCAGAAAGUGCCAUCGAUGAAGACACCGACAUGGCGAGUGUGUGGAGUCAUGCUGGCAGCAGGCGCCUCACCUUGUGGUGUCACACCAGAGACCUUACUGCUGCAAGGACACACAACACUGAGAUGACUUUGGUGGCACUUCAUUCUUAUGAGUCGUCCAAUCCUGAAGAUCUGAGUUUUACUCAAGGGGAUAGAAUCACAUUGAUCUGUAAAGUCAACCAGGACUGGCUGGAGGGGCAUUGUAACGGAAGCACUGGCAUCUUCCCUGCCGCUUUUGUGGAGGAGGUUUCUACGAAUGGCCAGUGAUGUUCGCGAAUGCGAUGGCGAUGCCUCUCCUGCCUUGCACAGCCUUCAGCACAGGCGUCUCCCCCAACUUCUGCUCUAAGCCACGCCAACUCCGAUGGGCCAGAAACGAUGCUGAAAAGAAACAGAAGAAAGAAAAUGUACUUUUGGCCGUGCAAAUCAAUAAACCACUUUUUA